UUUUUAUCGCACAAAACAAACAUCGUUAUUUUCCACCUCGUUAAUUCGAUAGAAAUUCCAACGAGCUAUGGAUGCUGAAAUGGAUACUCCGAUGAGCCCAGACAACAAUAGCGAACCAGAGAAUGGUUUGUCUAGGUCAAGUAGUCGAAGUGGAUCAAGAUCACGCUCGGCAUCACCGUUGAACGAUUCGAAUAACAAAUCCAUUGCUUCGCCUACCUCGGAUCGUUCCGGUUCAGCGUCACAAAACUUGAAUGAUUCUAACGAAAUUUCCGAACCAAAUGAAGCUCAAUCACCAGCACAAGCACGGUCAUCGAAAUCAAGAAGCCGCUCACCAUCGCCAAACCAAAAUGAAAUCCGUUCGCCCAGUCGCUCACCUUCCGGCAGCCCAACAACUGAAAGAAGAAGCCGAUCACGAACACCACGCAGUAAGAGUGGCACACCAAAAAGUCGAUCAGGCUCACGCUCACGUAGCGGUAGCGCUGUUUCGAACCGAAGUGGAUCUGCAAGGAGCCGAAGUGGUGGCUCACGUUCUCGGUCACGCAGUAGAAGUGCUGCGUCAAAUAAGUCAAAUAAGUCAAAUCAAUCAAAUCGUUCGAAUCAAUCGAAUCGAUCACAGCGCUCCAAUCGUAGUCGCAGUGGCUCUGUGAAAAGUAGAGGUUCUCGUUCACGUUCACGUUCUAAGAGUGGCAGCCCACAGCGAGCAAGUAAAAGUCGGAGCCGUAGUCGAAGUGGCUCUGUUAAGAGUAGAAGUCGUUCAAAAUCAAGAUCGCGUUCACGCAGCGGAAGCCAUGCAUCGAACCGUAGUCGCAGUGGAUCGCGCCGAAGCCGAAGUGGAUCACGACGCAGUCGAAGCCGCUCCCGACGAAGCCGAAGUGGCUCUGCACGUAGCCGCAGUGGAUCGGCAAAAAGUAGAAGUCGAAGCAGAAGUUCGGGUGGGUCCCGGUCACGGUCAGGCUCAAGAUCUCGUUCCCGUUCUCGUUCACGUAGUGGCAGUGCUGUUUCACUCAGAAGUGGUUCACCAGUGAAUCGCAAAAAGCGUGCCGUUCUAAGUGAUUCAGAAGAUAAAGGUGCCGUAUCACAGCAACUGAAGCGAGCCAAGAUUAUUGACUCUGAUAAUGAAGAUGAGGUGCCAGGUGGCGAAGGCGAUGGAAACGAACAAGUUGAAAAGCCAGAUGAUGGAGGAGAAAGUUCAGAUGAAGGUGUUAUGCAUACUGCGGCCGGCACAAGCACAACUUCAACUGAUUUUGGGACAAUAUCACAUAGAUCGGAUUUUGAGAAGCAAGUAGACAUAAUUAUGGUAUUUGUAAAUAACUUGAAAAAAAUUGACGGCGAAACCAGAUUGGAUGCUAUUGAAUCGAAUCGUAAAUGUCUUGCAUCAGAACUCGACCAUUUGUUUAAAAUGACUGUGUAUGCCAAACAAUUAAUGUCUAAACGUGCAAAAAUGGAAUUGAAUGAAUUAAUGGAAAUGAUUAGAAUCACCUACAUAGACGAUCCAAUCAUUGAUGAUUUUGGAGAUAAAGGAGUUGAACGAUUGUGUGAUAUGCUGGAAGGUUUAAGGGAAAAGGUCUUUAAUGUCGUGCAAUCGUAAUUAGUUUUAUAAAGUCUACAUAACAAAACGAUUCAACUAUAUUCCAAUGUCUUGUAAUCAGAUGAAUAACACUUACUUGACCGAUAACUGAGAGAACAUAUAACAAUAAAGCUGUAAAUUUUUUAAAUAACUUCUGUUAGACUGUACCAAAAUUGAAGAAAUAAAUCAUUAGGAGUUAAAAAUAAGUUUAUGUUUUAAAUAAAAUGUGAUUCAAUAGCAAAAUAAAUUCAUUUGU